GGAGCGAGUGGGCGGGGCCUCGUGGCGUCAGCGCAAGAUGGCGGCCUCGGCGGCGCUGUUCUCGCGCUUGCGGAGCGGGCUCGGGCUCGGCGCGCGGGGGCUGUGCACGAGGCUGGCGACGCCGCCCCCCCGAGCCCCAGACCAGGCUGCAGAGAUUGGAAGCCAUGGGAGCACUAAAGCCCAGGGGCCACAGCAGCAGCCAGGCUCAGAAGGUCCCAGCUAUGCCAAAAAAGUUGCACUUUGGCUUGCUGGUUUGCUUGGAGCUGGUGGGACUGUGAGCAUCAUCUAUAUUUUCGGAAACAACCCUGUGGAUGAAAACGGUGCCAAGAUUCCUGAUGAGUUCGACAAUGAUCCAAUUCUGGUUCAGCAGUUACGUCGGACAUACAAGUAUUUCAAAGAUUAUAGACAGAUGAUCAUUGAGCCCACCAGUCCCUGCCUUCUUCCAGACCCUCUGCGGGAGCCAUACUACCAGCCGCCCUACACACUUGUCUUGGAGCUCACUGGUGUCCUCUUGCACCCUGAGUGGUCGCUGGCUACUGGCUGGAGGUUCAAGAAGCGGCCAGGCAUCGAGACCUUGUUCCAGCAGCUUGCACCUCUGUACGAAAUCGUCAUCUUCACGUCAGAGACGGGCAUGACUGCGUUUCCACUCAUCGACAGUGUGGACCCCCAUGGCUUCAUCUCCUACCGCCUCUUCCGGGAUGCCACAAGAUACAUGGAUGGACACCAUGUCAAGGACAUUUCAUGUCUGAAUCGGGACCCGGCCCGAGUGGUGGUCGUGGACUGCAAGAAGGAAGCCUUCCGCCUGCAGCCCUACAACGGCGUCGCCCUGCGGCCCUGGGACGGCAACUCGGACGACCGGGUCUUGUUGGACCUGUCUGCCUUCCUUAAGACCAUUGCUCUGAACCAAGUGGAGGACGUGCGGACCGUGCUGGAGCACUACGCCCUGGAGGACGACCCGCUGGAGGCUUUCAAGCAGCGGCAGAGCCAGCUCGAGCAGGAGGAACAGCAGCGCCUGGCUGAGCUCGCCAAGUCCAACAAGCAGAAACUCUUCUUCGGCUCUCUCACCAGCCGCUUGUGGCCUCGCUCCAAACAGCCCUGAUGCUUUGGGCCUCCUCAAACUCACUGCCUGGGUUCAGGGCCUCAGGCCCCAGUGCUCCCAGACCAAGGCUUGGGCAGCCACAUGUCCAAUAAAGUGCAUCCCAGAUGGCACAA